AUUCUUGUGAUACACGUAAUGUGCAUCCCAUGGAUUUUCUUCUAAGACGUCACAUUUAGGCAAUACUGAGCGGCCAAUAUCCUCCACAAUAUCAGUGCAAUUCGCGCUGUACACGCCACCCAAUUCAUACAGACUAACGUUCUGAAUGGCAGAUGUCGUGUACUGACAUUCAUGAGACGAAUGUGUCUUCCGUCCUGCGCUCACUGUCUCUGGUUACCAACAGGCCAAAUGGCUACCUCCCCAAUUCUGCCAUAUAAGAGAUACUUCGUAUGGCCCCUCGCCCUUUGUUUCUCUUCUACGGUUGGCGAGCCCGGUUGCUCUUACUCUUCCUUCGUUGACUUCGGCAUUCCUUUUCUUCGUUCCUUCCCUCGUUGUCCUUAUCUUUCUCCAGCACCGGUCGCUUUUCAUCUUUCAUUCUUUUUCCAGUAAUGCGACUAUUCACCUUUCUCGUUAUAUCUGGCUUAUUGGCCGCAAUCGGGGUUGAAGCGCGGCCUAUUGCUCGAGGCAUGCCUUUGGUUGAUCGUGCAGCGAUCGGUGCUGGUAGCUUCAGUGCUAUCUCAAGCGACGAUUCGACGCCAUCUAUCACUGGUACCGCUACCGACGCUUUACCUUCUGCCACCGACACCAUUACCGAUAGUAAUCCUUCCAGUAAUUCUUCCUUGACAGAUUCAUCCUUUCCUUCACCUACGGACGACAUACCAUCGUUUUCUAUCUUCACGGACGAUCCCUCCACGAUCGUUCCCUCUGUGACGGAUUCCAGUGUGUUGGCGUCUGCAACCAUCCCGCCGACUGACACAGUAUCUGCCACUGAUCCAACUAUCACGGAUCCCACGGAUGCAAACAGCGUGGAUACCAAUAACGACUCGGUGACUGCGACGGAUAGCACGACCGCUACGGACGUGUCUCCUACUGGUUCAAUCGUGUUCGUAGUGCCUACACCUCCACCAGCGUGCUUGGCAAAAGCGAAUAACCCUUCGUUGGUUCCAUCGUCCACCCUUUCCGCCGACCCAUCACAAGACACAACUUUCCUUGAUCCAUCUUCCACUUCUUCCGACAUCAGCACCACGCCUACUGACUCAACCCUCAGCGCAACGACUGAUUCUGUCAGUGCGACCGCCGCUGUUGCAUCAGAUAACUCGUCUGCGAGCUCUAUUGCGAGUGUAACUGAUAGCUCUGCCCUUCCUGUGGCGACCGACGUGACUACCACCCAACCUUUCGUUUCUGUCAACUCCAAUAACACGAAUACGAAACGAAUUGCUCAGGAUGAUUUACCUGCUGUAGCUCAAUCGUGGCAAGAUCUCUGUCUCGUGAGCGGCGGUGACAUUUUCACUGACGAACCCUGCGUUAUCCUCGCUGGUAUCAACGGAAUCAACGCCCUUCUCGCGAACGCCGACCCUUGCGACCAACAAGACAAUGCGGAUGCGAUGAUUGACUUUGCCAAGUCGCCUGGCGUGACUAAUAGCGAUGCGUUGAUUGCGAAUGCUAUUGCAUAUAGAAAACAUCCUCGUAAUGCACUUGACAUCUUGGAUGUGAUCCCUUCGACGCCGUUCUGCCAGAAAGCGCCGAGGAAUCAGGAGUUGGUGGGUAUCGUGAAUGAUCAGUUGCCUGGUGUGGACCCUGGGAUCUUUGGGGGUCCUCAGUUUGGGUUGGUUGCGUUUGGAGAUGUCUCGAGUUGUCCUCUUGGAACUUCGCCCGACGUCGACACAUGCGGCUGCGUAUGAGAGGGGUAGACGAGAAUAUCUAGUUUACUUAUUAUCACGUAGCCUACAUGAACACUUGGAGCAGCAGGGCACUCCCCAAAUUAUACGGACAUGUAAAUUCAUCAUAUUGUAACAUAAUCCUACACCUAUGAACACGAGAGACUUUUGUAGUUACUGCUAUAGACACACCAGACGGGUAAAUGAUAAACCAAGAAGCAAGAAAAUGAGCUAUAGAGA